AUGCUCUACGUCCGCACAGUUCUCUGCCUCCUGGCGGCCCUGGCGGCCUGUGGCGCCGUCGCCUUCCUCGGCUACUGCGUCUACUUCGACCGGAAGCGGCGUGGCGACCCCAAGGCGGGAAAGAAAGGAACGAAGGAAGAACCAUUUGGGGUCGUGAAAAGGCAGCUAUACAGUAAACGUGGUAGGAAAAGGCGCUACUUGUGGGAUCCAGCAAAGAAUGAAAAAUUACAACUUUUUCUGCAAGAAGUACGAAUGGGAGAACUUUGGUUAUCCAGAGGGGAGCAUUGAAUGGGGCUUGAACAUCUCAGCAAUGCCCUUUUGGUGUGUGGGCAACCACAGGAACUUCUGAAAGUUUUCAAACACACACUUCCUCCCAAGGUAUUUGAGAUGCUAUUGUGCAAAAUUCCCCACAUUUGCCAGCAAUUUGAGGCAGACAUGAAUGAACAGGAAUACUUGGAGGAUGAUCUUGAUUGA